AUGAUCUCGCUCGUGCUCUCCUCCUGCAACCUGCUCCUCCUCUGCAGCGACAGGGACCGCCGGCUCCUGCUCCCGCUCGGCGGCCGUGAGUUCGUCACCGUGGUCUGCCAGCUGGCAUCCAUCGUGUACCUCUUCAGCCUUUGCGGCACUGGCAUCCCAUCUGCGAACACCGAGACCCCCGCCAGCCGCGACCAGGGCGGCUCCCCCAACCAAACGCGCGCCGCCGCCGACGCGCCGGAGGCAUUGCAUGACGGGGUGGAGGACGGGGACGAGGAGAUCGUCGCCGCUGUGGUGUCCGGGGCGCUGCCGUCGCACCACCUCGAGUCGCGCCUCGGAUACUGCCACCGCGCGGCCAGGCUGCGGCGGGAGGCGCUGCGGCGGAUGACGGGGCGGGGCGUCGAGGGGCUCCCACUCGACGGGAUGGACUACCAGGCCAUCCUGGGGCAAUGCUGCGAGAUGCCCAUCGGGUACGUGCAGGUGCCGGUCGGGGUCGCCGGCCCGCUGCUCCUGGAUGGGGUACAGUACCAUGUUCCCAUGGCUACCACCGAGGGAUGUCUCGUGGCCAGCGUCAACCGCGGCUGCAGAGCCAUCGCUGCGUCCGGGGGCGCCGUCAGCUCGCUGUACCGGGAUGCAAUGUCUCGUGCGCCUGUCGUCAAGUUGCCAUCGAUCAAGAGGGCAGCGGAGCUCAAGGAGUCAAGCAGAUUUGGGAAGCUGCAGGGUAUUCAGUGUGCACUAGCAGGUAGGAACCUUUACAUGAGGUUCACUAGUAGUACUGGAGAUGCUAUGGGAAUGAAUAUGGUGUCAAAAGGUGUUGAGAAUGCCUUGGGCUACCUGCAAACUGAUUUCCCCGACAUGGAUAUCAUCAGCCUAUCUGGUAACUAUUGUUCAGACAAGAAGCCUGCAGCCGUAAACUGGAUAGAAGGUCGUGGGAAAUCUGUUGUUUGUAAGGCCAUAAUCAAAGGGGGAGUUGUGCAGAGUGUUCUUAAGACCACUGUGCAAAAACUUGUCGAGCUUAACAUUGUAAAAAAUCUCGCUGGAUCAGCUGUAGCCGGAGCUCUUGGAGGUUCCAAUGCUCAUGCAAGCAAUAUCGUAACUGCCCUGUUCAUUGCUACGGGGCAGGAUCCUGCCCAAAAUGUUGAAAGCUCACAGUGCCUCACCAUGAUGGAGGCAGUGAAUGAUGGAGGUGAUCUUCACAUCUCUGUGACCAUGCCUUCCAUUGAGGUAGGCACUAUUGGGGGUGGCACUUGUCUUGCUUCACAGGCCGCAUGUCUGAACCUGCUUGGUAUCAAGGGUCCGAAUCGUGACUCAACUGGGGAAAAUGCUAAGCUUCUGGCUACCAUCGUCGCUGGCAGUGUGCUCGCUGGCGAGCUGUCUCUCAUGGCAGCCCUUGCUUCUGGCCAACUUGUGAAGAGCCACAUGAAGUACAACCGAUCAAGCAAAGAUGUGGCAGGUGCUGCUUCCUGA